AAAUCAAAAGAAAAUAAUCUCAAUGAUAAAUGUACAAAUAAGUUGCGUUAAAAUUCUAUUUAAAGUAUUUCCAUAAAAGCCCACAUACCACUCAAAACCGUCAAUGGCACCACUGGUUUGAGCCACCUGUGCUAUUUCAGUGCCCACAGAACACAUUUGCUCUUCUGAAUUGGAAGAGCAAAUGAUGCUUGAUGCUUCUACACGAAGUCCAUGUUGUCUAAAACAAGAGAUUGAGUUUAGUUAAUUUAACAUUAAAAUACAAAUCAUCGAUUCUUUCCAUACCAGUAAAUAUUAAAAGCAGAAAUAACAUAUAACCUUAUAACCCCGGAGAUAUAAGCGGUCGCAAUAUUUAUUCAUAAAGAUAAUGAAUAAGCGGCAAAUAACUAUCUACUCAUUUUAGAUAAAAGAUUCAAGGCACUAUUUUACAGAAGAGAUAAACAAGAGUAGCGUUUACUUAACUAAAUACGAGAACAAUGUCCGAUCGGUACCAGUUAUGGGGUGGAUGUUUUCAAGAGGAGCCUUCGGACGUCCUGCGUCGGCUGAACGACUCAUUGGGCGUGGAUGUGCGGCUAUAUCAACAAGAUAUCCGAGGGAGCAUAGCUUGGGCCCGCGAACUGAAUCACUGUGGAUAUAUCACUGAUGAUGAUUACGAAGCUAUUCACCAAGGUUUAAAAAAGGUAGAAACGGAAAUAUCCGAAGAGUUAUGUAAGAACGGACGGUUGAAUGAUGCAGAGGAAGAUAUCCAUUCAGUAGUAGAGCGACGGCUGCGGGCUCACGCCGGUGAAGCGGCGCUGCGCCUGCACACCGCUCGCAGCCGCAACGACCAGUCCGCCACAGACACCAAGCUCUGGAUGAUGAAUAACUUGCCCAGCUUGAUCAAUGAAAUCAAAAAACUUAUAAUGGAGUUAAAGGAUCGCGCUGAAAAUGAAAUAAACAUUAUUAUUCCUGGUUAUACACAUUUGCAGCGUGCUCAGCCUAUUCGUUGGAGCCAUUUUCUGAUGAGUUACGCGUGGAUGCUACGUGAUGAUGUGCUAAGGUUGGAGGAGCAGCAGUGUCGGCUUUCGAGCAGUCCUCUCGGUAGUGGCGCGCUGGCGGGCUGCGCUCUUCACAUAAACCGCCACAGACUGGCUCGCAGCCUGGGCUUUGAUUGCGUCACACCUAAUUCUUUAUUCGCCGUUGGCUGCAGGGAUCACAUACUGGAAUUCCUCAACUGGUCAUCGAUGUGUGGCAUGCAUCUCAGCAGACUAGCGGAAGACUUGAUCUUAUACGGCAGCCAGGAGUUCGGAUUGGUUAAAUUCUCCGACCAGUUCUCUACGGGCUCAAGUCUGAUGCCUCAGAAGCGUAACCCUGACGGUCUGGAGCUGAUACGUGGUGCCGCUGGGCUUCUUCUUGGCGAUGCGUUCGCUUUCAGCUGCGUGCUUAAGGGCUUACCCAGCACUUACAAUAAAGACUUGCAGUCCGAUAAAGAGAUCAUGUUCAGGUCCUUCGAUAAGUUGCUGGGUUGCCUUAAAGUUGCUACUGGUACUAUAACUACAAUGAAGGUUAACGCGGCAAGAGGUGAAGCAUUGCUAGAGUCGGGCAUGCUGGCGACGGACUUAGCUCAUGCGCUGGUUCGUCGUGGAGUGCCAUUCAGACGUGCGCACCAUUUGAUCGGCGCCGUGUUGCAACGGGCCGCAGAGCUUGCCAUUGACCUUAGAGACAUGUCCCACGAUGAAUAUUUAGCUAUUUGUCCUGAAUUCGGAAGUAAAGAAGAUAUCGAGAAGCUGUUCUCUUGGGAAGCAAGCGUAGAACAAUAUGUUAGCACUGGAGGUACUGCAAAAGCUGCUGUCAAGCAGCAAAUAUCGGAGUUAAAAGAAUGGUUGGAGAAGUAUGCAGAAAAAGUUUGCAAACCGCAAUAAGUUGCGACUUUGUUACGAGAAUGAGAACAGCAUGGCGCACAAUGGUUUAUGUGUUGAUAGUUGCUCUUCUGCCACAAGUGUCACUAUACACCAUCAAGACCG